AUGUCGUUUCUCGUGGGCCAGCACUUGUCGUGGGCCAUUACAGCCACGGCAGGAAGCGGCUUCUUGCUCUUUGGAUAUGAUCAGGGUGUAAUGGCUGGUCUCCUGACCGGCGACGCGUUUGUUCGGACGUUUCCUGAAAUCGAUACGACGCCUACAGGUCAUGGUAGCUCAUCACUACAGGGCACAGUGGUUGCCAUCUAUGAGAUCGGCUGCUUCUUGGGUGCUCUACUGGCCCUCUUUUUUGGCGAGAGGCUCGGACGACGAUACUGUAUUAUGAUCGGCUGUGUUAUUCUCACCGUCGGGGCUGCGUUGCAGUGCAGUGCGUUUAGUAUCCCGCACAUGAUUGUUGGACGGAUUGUGGCUGGUGUUGGAAAUGGGAUGAACACGAGUACCAUUCCGGUCUGGCAUUCGGAACUUAGCAAAGCGGCCAGUAGAGGAAAGGCGAUUGCCAUCGAACUAUGUAUCAACAUUUUCGGCGUUAUGAUGGCGUACUGGGUUGACUACGGCAUGAGCUACGUAGUCAACGAUGCCCAGUUCCGUUUCCCCAUCGCUCUCCAGAUCAUUUUCGCCAUUACCACCUUCCUUGGUACCCUUUUCCUCCCGGAAUCGCCUCGUUGGUUGAUUGCACACGGUAAACCCGACGAAGGCCGACACAUCAUCUGGGCUCUCCAGCCAAAUGCCCGUUCCAUCGCCCACGAUGACCAAGUCAUCAACAUUGAAAUCGACGAAAUCACGCAGGCCAUUAUCAAAGAGCAGCAAGCGACUUUGGAGAGCUCGUUCAAGAUGGUCUUCACCAAUGGACCCCAGCGGUUUCUGCAUCGGACGCUGUUGGGUAUGGGUGGGCAGAUGAUGCAGCAAUUAUCGGGUGUCAACCUGAUUACUUAUUAUAAUACGGUUAUUUUUGAGAACUCUGUUGGAAUGGACCAUAACACUGCCUUGUUGGUGGCUGGGUUCAACGGUGUAGCAUACUUUAUCUCGACCUUGAUUCCGAUCUGGACGAUUGAUCGUGUCGGUCGUCGCAAGCUGAUGCUUUUUGCUGCUGCCGGUCAAUGUACGUGUAUGGCCAUCCUGGCCGGAACAGUGUACGAUGGUGGUCACGGUGCUGGUAUAGUUGCCACCGUGAUGCUUUUCUUGUUCAACUUCUUUUUUGGCAUUGGCCUAUUGGGAGUUGCUUGGUUGUUGCCUGCUGAAUAUGCACCGCUGGCUGUCCGCACGCGAUCCGCUGCGUUGGCGACGGCGACAAACUGGAUCUUCACAUUCCUUGUCGUGGAAAUCACCCCCGUUAGUAUCGCGGGAGUCGGUUACCGGACAUACAUUUAUUUUGCCAGUGACGAGACGAAGCCGAUGUGCGUUGGAUGCAAGCGACGCGGGGAGAAAUGCCAAUGGCGUAUGCUAGGGUCUUUUCGCGAAGCUAAUCUUAAGGUGCUGGAGCCGGAGCACCCGUCAAUGAAGCAGUCAGCAAGCCGGAAGCAAAAUAAUAAGUUUAAGAUUUUAAAUGUUCAACCGCGAAAGAGUCAAGAUCAGGAAUCCCCACGGGCAUCUCCAAAACCGGUGGAUGAUAUCAAUUUGCCCGAUGCAAAUAAUGACAUUGAUGACCUUAACGACAACAACGACAAUAAUGACCAGCAACCUGAGCAUGACUUUGCACAUAAUAGUCCCGUGAAUGGCAAUGACGCUUUACCAGCUCCUACACCCGCACCGCCUACAGCUACAGCCACAGCUACAGCCACAACUACAGCACCAGCACCAACACCACCUCUCGACCACAGUCCCUCACACCACCUCGACUUCACGAACCACUCGCCAUCAUCCAGUCAUGACUCUCACGUCUCCUACCUCUCCAGCCCGGACUUCAUGGGUCUUAUCUCCCACAGCUCGUUCUCCGAGGGCUACCCGGCAGCGAUGGCCUCGCCAUUAUUCGAUCACGGCGUCUUUUCCGAUCCGGCUAAUGUAGCGAACAUCGACGUCUUCGUACCCGGGUCGGCGUACGAGGCGCUUCAUACAGCUCUGCGGAAUCGGCAGCUUUGGACAGCACGACCGGAUAUCCCCAGUCGGGGAAGUACGCCGGAUAUUGUACCUGGCGUUGCGCCCAACGACACCAGGGCGAGACCUGGAAGGGGGUUUACGUUGUCAUUGGAGAGGGAGAUUAUUCUCUGGCAGAAUUAUUUGAAUGAGAUUUGUACAUGGCUCGACAUGUUCGAUAACCAUCGCCACUUCGCAUCGACAUUCCCACAGAUGGCCAAAUCAUCGCUCCAUCUGCGAUACUCGAUCCUUGCACUAUCUGCACGACAAAUGGAACGGAAGCAAAAUGAGAAAUCGCAAUCAGAAAGCCUGUCCCUAUAUCAAGAAGCCAUUCACCUCUUAUUACCAGAGCUUGAAAGUAAAACAACACCAGUAAUUGCAUCUUGCGUCAUUCUCUGCGUGCUGGAAAUGCUAAGCUGCAACCCCAAAGAAUGGCGCCGUCAUCUCGACGGUUGCGCAUUCCUAAUCCAAGCUGCUGAGAUCAACGGCUUCUCCGGAAAAGAAGAACAAGCGCUCUUCUGGUGCUUUGCCCGGAUGGACGUUUGCGGUGGUCUGAUCUCCGAAGAAGAAACCAUCAUCCCGAUUCAUAACUGGACGCCCCGCACGAUGAAUCCUCACCAGGCUUCUCAGCUGUUUCUUGCCUCGAAAGCAAAUUUUGAUACUUAUGCUAAUUACACCGUGUACCUCUGCGCGCAGACGUUAGGUGUUUUAUGCGGCGCAUCAAAGCAUCAUCAUUCGUCUUGUUUCCCGUGCCAUUAUCUUGACCGUGACAUGUAUGUUGAUCGCUGGAAGGGGUUGUUGGAUCGGGCUGAGCAAUGUUUCUGGGAACCAAUUAUAUCAUGCUUGUGUAUUAUUAUUACUACAGCGGAAACCGAAGACAGUUUCGUUAUCACGGAAGCCAAAAUCCGUUUUAUGGCAUGCCCGGCAAAUUUGCGCCAUUUCAGCUUCAAACACACAUCAGUAUGUACUAUCUCUCUAAUAUAUGGCUGCUGGACAAACGCUCUACAACCCCUCUGGCUGGCCGGGAAAGCCAUGUCGCAUUGCUCGGAACAUGAAGCUAUUGUUAACACAUUGACGCGCAUUGAGCGAGAAACGGGCUGGGCGACAGCAUGGCGCGUGGAGGAUUUGAAGGAAUUUUGGGGUGAUGAUGAUUGA